AUGCUGGCAACCAGAGCCCUGAGUCUUGUUGGCAAACGCGCCAUUUCCACAUCUGUCUGCUUACGUGGCGGUCAUGGUGUCGCCAAGGUGGAGAGCUACACGCUCCCUGCGUACUUUGACAAGAGGGAGGACCCCCUUCCGGAUAUCCGUUAUGUGCAGAGCCUGAGUCCAGAGCAGAAGUCACUAAAAGAGAAGGAGAAAGGCUCAUGGCUCGCACUCUCUAAUGAGGAGAAGAUUGCAUUGUACCGCAUCAGCUUCAAGCAGAGCUUUGCUGAGAUGAACCAGGGAACCUCUGAGUGGAAGUCUGUGCUGGGUGGUGUGUUUUUCUUCCUUGGCUUCACUGGUCUGGUAGUGCUCUGGCAGAGGAAGUAUGUGUAUGGACCAGUCCCUCACACAUUUGAGCCUGAGUACAAGCAGAAAGAGUUGCAGAGGAUGCUGGACAUGAGAAUGAACCCAGUGGAAGGGUUGUCAUCAAAGUGGGACUACGAAAAGAAGCAAUGGAAGAAGUAA